ACGAGAGCGUCGCGACGCCAAUUCAUUCAGUAAACGCGCCUCUCAGCGUCAAACCAGCAGCAAAGUGCGAGCGUGUUUGGUUGUGAAUAGACAGUUUUGAGACUGAAAAUUCUCGAGUGCGCCGUUCCUUGGGGCUACGUCUCCGACUUAAUCCAGAAAAUGAAAACUGAAGACAAAAACAUACCAAAGGUCCGUUUGGCCGUCAUUGGCAAAGCCAACGUCGGAAAAUCAGCACUAACCGUUCGAUAUCUCACUAGAAGGUUCAUUGGGGAGUACCGGAGCAACACAGAUCUGCUCUAUCGGCAAACGCUCACCGUGAAUAACUCGGCCUUGGAAGUCGAGAUUGUGGACGUCUGCAGUUGCGAUCUGUCUCUAUUCCCUGAAGAAGCCAUUUAUUGGGCGGAUGCCUGUGUUGUGGUUUACGAUAUAACCAACAGGACGUCGAUGACACAUGCCGCCGAGCUGCUCCAGAGGGUGCUCCAGUUGCGGAGUCAGAUGCCUAUUGUCCUGCUGGGGAACAAAGCCGAUCUGGAACACCUUCGACAGGUGGACGAGGUGGAAGGGCGCACCCUGGCCAUCCAGCACAACUCCCAGUUCCACGAGGUCUCGGUGGCCGAGAACAGUCCGGCCAUCUACACCGCCAUCGACUCCGUGCUGAACGAGUGCCGUUCGGUGCAAAACACGCAGAAAACGCGCAAAUUUUCCGUCUCGAAGAUGAUCGGGACGCUGAUCGGGAACGCAAACGGGAAGGUCGUGCCCAACACGAACCAAGGGGGCACUGUGGUGGUGUGCCACAAGUCCGACUUGUACAAGUCGCGCGUGCUGAGACGGCGGCAGAAUUUUACAGCGACGGCAUCGCUCUGACUGUCGGACAAGGAGGAGCAGGUCGGGACUGCUCGCUGAAGUGAAUUUCGUUCCAUAUUUCUCAGUUUUAUGAGAGGGACGCGUGCUGUGCAGGACUGGUCCUUGGAGUAAAUACGAGUAAUAAGGGAGCCAAGUUGCGGGUUUGGGAGGAAGAAUGUGCAAUAAUUCAUCUUGGCAGGAAGGCUUCCGACAGGGUCAAUGUUUGUACAUAUCAGGACGUCUCAACAGCCGGACUGGGAGCGCGAUUAUUUUAAUAACUAGGCGUAAUUUUUAUACCCUUUCUAUAUUCAUGUUGCCAAUCUUAACAGAAUAAUAUUUAGAUUUGCGAAAAAAUACCCAACUGUCGGCCUUGUGAUUGCGGGAGUUGGGUGUUCGCUCGCUUGUUUCAAAACCCCUGAUGUCUAGGUUAUAGGUGACCAAAUAUUUAAUAAGAUGGUGUGUGCUAUGACGGCUGUGAUACUAAAUGUUUUUUGUAAUUUAUCUAGAUAUAUUUAAAGAUUCAUGUGAAUUGCAUAGAUAUAUUUAUGCUAAAUAAAUUUGUACAAAUUUA